CUCCUAAAUAAAAUAAGAACUAAAAUGUCAAACAAACUAGAAGCAUGUAGAUUUGUUUUUAAUGUUUGUUACUUUUUAAUUUUCAUAAUUGCUUAAAAUUAUAAGAAUAACAUCGUUCUUAGUUGAUUAUUCAUGAUAUGAUUGAAUUAAUUGAAGAAUUUUCACGUGAAUAUGAGACGAAGUCUAGCACCAAGUCAGGUACUGAAGCGAAUCCAGCCCGACGAUGCUGAAGAUGCUCCUUCAUCUAAAAGAAGGUUAAAGAAGAACAGUUCAAAACCGAGUGAAAAGACUGUACUACCAGCACCUGUGAUUUUAAGUACUCCUGAGCAAAUUUCAGCACAUGAGGAGUUGAUAAGACAGCUGCUAUGUCGUCCGUUCCGAGUGCCGAUCGCCAACUACCAGGGGGGCUGCGGUCUGAAGGCGCUGGGUGUGCGUCGCGACGGCAUCAGACGUGCCCUCCACGACCCCACGGCGCCCAACGCGCUUGUACUCUACUGUCCCCCGCAGCUCAGCGAGCACGACAAACUCAAAAUGGAAAAAGAAAAAAUACUAGUGCAUGUUGUAGUCGAUCCAAUACUAUCCAACAUACUGAGGCCCCAUCAAAGAGAGGGUGUGAAAUUCAUGUACGAGUGCGUGACCGGACAACGCAUAGAGGACGCGUACGGCUGUAUCAUGGCUGACGAAAUGGGUCUGGGCAAGACGCUGCAAUGCAUCACGCUGAUGUGGACUCUGUUGAGGCAGGGACCCGACGCCAAGCCAACAAUUGAGAAGGCGGUCAUUGUGGCUCCCAGCUCUCUAGUCAGGAAUUGGUGCAACGAAAUCACGAAAUGGCUGGGAGGUCGAGUGAAUCCGCUGGCAAUAGACGGCGGAGGUAAAGAAGUCGUGGAGCGAAACUUGAACUCGUUCAUGCAGACCUACUCUAGGCGACCGGCCAAUCCAAUCCUAGUCAUUUCUUAUGAAACGUUCAGGAGCCACGCCAGCAUACUUCAUAAAGGCGAAGUGGGUCUGGUGCUUUGUGAUGAGGGGCAUCGGCUGAAGAAUUGCGAAAGUCAAACAUACGUGGCACUGACCGGCCUGAAAUGCCGGAGACGAGUUCUCCUGUCAGGCACUCCCAUUCAGAACGAUCUGCUCGAAUAUUUCAGUCUCGUGCACUUUGUUAACGAGGGAAUCCUCGGAACUGCUCAGGAGUUCCGCAAACACUACGAGACGCCGAUCCUGAAAGGACAGGACGCACUGGCGUCGGACGCAGAGCGCGCACGCGCACAAGAGCGCCUGGAACAGCUGAUUGGUCUGGUGAACCGCUGCCUGAUUCGGCGCACCUCGGCGCUCCUCUCCAAGUAUCUGCCUGUCAAGACGGAGCAGGUGGUCUGCGUCAACCUCUCACCUAUGCAGCGCAACAUCUACCUCCAGCUCAUAUCGUCUGACAACGUCAAGCGCACUAUCAAAGGUGAUGCAAAAGGAACGUUCAUGUCAGCUCUUUCUUCGAUAACGUAUUUGAAGAAAUUGUGCUGUCAUCCAGAUUUGGUUAUUGACAAAAUACUGGCUGGAACGGAUGGCUUUGAAAAUACCAAACAACAUUUACCUGCUGGAUAUGAGCAGUUGCAUAAAAAAGGUGUUCUCUCGGUUGAAUUGUCUCCGAAACUGAUGGUUCUAGACUGUAUGCUGGCUGUGAUCAAGACAACCACCACUGAUAAAGUGGUGUUGGUCUCCAACUAUACACAGACAUUGGACCUGUUCGAAAGGCUAUGUCGGAUGCGAAACUAUAACUAUGUGCGCCUCGAUGGAACUAUGACCAUUAAAAAACGAGCCAAGGUGGUGGAAGAGUUCAACAAGCCGGACAGCUCGGACUUUAUCUUCAUGCUGAGUUCGAAGGCGGGCGGCUGCGGCUUGAACCUGAUUGGCGCCAACCGGCUGGUCAUGUUCGACCCGGACUGGAAUCCGGCCAAUGACGACCAAGCCAUGGCCAGGGUGUGGCGUGACGGCCAGAAGAAGCCCUGUUUCGUGUACCGGCUGCUUUGUACAGGGACAAUAGAGGAGAAGAUGCUGCAACGGCAGGCGCACAAGAAGGCGCUCAGUUCGAGUGUGGUGGACUGCGAGGAGGAGGUGGCCAGACAUUUCAGCAUAGCGGAGUUGAGGAGUCUCUUUCAACUUGAGGAGAACACUGCCAGCGACACUCAUGACAAAAUCAAGUGCAAGCGCUGCGUGAACGGCAUCCAGGUGAAGCCUCCUCCGCCGGACAGUGAUUGCACUAAUGACUUCUCAUGUUGGCACCACUGCAGGGACAAGCGCUGGCUGGUCGAUCCCAUCCUCAAGCAGUGCUGGCCUGGAGGGGUGUCGUUCGUCUUCUACCAGCACUCGCAGAAGGCCCCUGAGGAGAGGAAGUGUGCGGCUGAGGAGAAGGAAACUGAUGAGAAAGAAGAGGAGGAAAAGGAAAGUGAGAAAGAAAACGUUGAGGAGGAAAGUGAGGCAGAGGAGAGUAGUGCGCAAGAGAGCAGCGCUGAGAGAGUAGUAGUGAAGAUGACUGAAGAUGGUCCAGUCAUUCAUAUGUGCGAUAUCUCAAAUGUGCAAGUGUUUGAACUUGUUGUUCGUGUUUAUUAUCUAAAAUUAUCUAAACACUUGAAAUAAUAUUUAUAUAUUGUCAUUUCAAAGCCAAAAUCCUAAACUUUCCUUUUACCUGUAAAACCUAAUUGAAAAAACCUCUUAGAUUAUGUUCAACUAUACAAAUUGAAAUCUCGCAGAUCUGAGGCACUCGCCACUAGAAGGUUGAAAUAGAAGAUAAAUAGAAAUUGAGAUGGUCGAAGGGAAAUAGAGUACUGCGCAUGCGUUCUGUUUCACUUGCUAUCCGUUUUGAUUAGCAGGCAGGGCAGCCAACCUGACGUCCUUUUCACUACCGGUAGCUGACCUUUUCCUCGUGUUUGAACCAUCUAUAGCAAGGUGAAAUGACUCACUGAUUAGGAAAUGUCACUCUGUUCUUUGGAAAUUAGAAAGAAAUUGAGUUGGAUAAUCAAUGAAACAAUUAUUGUCAGUUCUAGAAAUGAAAUCCAGGGCAAAUGUAGUGAAUUCAGUGCAGAAGAGGUUAGCGGUGAUGAUUGGGGAGGUGAAUCAUUGAUUAAAAAAAAUGAUACUGGUAGAAUAUGCCAUUCAGUUUCACAGAAACUAUUAAAAUCAAAAGAUUGAGACACAAAUAUUUUCGAUUCCAGGAAUGAAAUCAAGGAAAGCAAUUAAGACGAAAAAAGUGCUGAAGAUUCAUGAUGAUGAUGACUACGAAGGUGGAUUUAAUUACUGAUAUCAAUGAUAAACUGUCAAUUUCAAAAAUGAUUUUUGACAAUUUCAAAAGUUGAUGAGUAUUGAUGAUGAUGAUUAGGAAGGUGAAUUUAGUUACUAAUAUCAAUGAAAAAAUAUUGUCGAUUUCAUAAAUAUAAUAAUUGAGGAAAAAAUUGAUUAACGCUUAAUAACGAUUAGUUGGAUGAAUUUUAUUCAAUCAAAGCUGUAGUUUCUGAGUAUUGCUGUGCUCCAUUCAAUAGUUGAAAUUUAUUGAUAACCUGGACAUUAACUUGUGCGAAUCAUAAUUGAAAAAUAAUAGUUUAAUCGGAUUACUUUUUUCAGAGGAUGUAUUGAAAUAGUUAUUUUUUUAUCUUUGAAGCCUACUGUUUUUGUAUAUACUUUUCCAACAUCUACGUUAUGAAGAAGCGGUAUAAUAUCAAAUUAUGUUCUUGCAUUCCGAUGUAUAAAUUUAAAUUAUUUUAAUUUGUGUUUAUGUAAAUAAUUAAUGUAAUAUACCAAAUAUGAAGACCAAUAUAACUUACUAUUAAUUCC